CCCGCCGGACAGGAGUAUCAGGUCGUCAUUCCGUCGCGCCAAGAUCCUGGGUAGGAACACCGCCUCAGUAACAGGCCCCGGGCCCACAGAUCCCCUGCCACCUCCUUCACAGAUCUACUGCAGCGACUGUCACAGGGAACUAGACCAGGGUAGAAGACGCAGCAGUAGGAGAGAGUGACGGGUCCUUCAGGAGGGAGAAAGGAAGAGUUAUCUGUUCCUGUACCAGAGACCAAAACUCUGAGGAAGAGGACACUGUCAGCUGGGAAGGAGGCGACACUGUCAGCAAGAGAGACGUCAACGAGACGAGGAAACUAUCCUUGGAGAUAAGUGUUAACCAUAACGUGAAGAGCGUUAUAGGACUGACCCCUGGUCCUGCCAGUCAAGGUGCAACAGGCUUCAAAAGUGCUUCUAGCAACAAAGGAGCGACACGACCGAGCAGUGGUCUUAACAAAGGUGCGACAGGACCGAAUAGUGGUCUUAUCAAAGGUGCGACACGACCGAAUAGUGGUCUUAUCAACAUAGGUGCGACAGCACUGGGAGGGGAGCACAUCAGGAGGGUUACAAAAGUAGCAACCAGCAUCUUGACUCUCCAAGACACCUCAAACUCUCCGUCUGCGUCCGUCACCAAGCACACGACUGACGACGACAGCCAUAAUACUAAGCUUACCAGAACCGAGCGAGGCGGUGCCGUACGGAGCAUCAUCAGCUGGUCGAGAGACAUAGGCAACGGAGAGAGGAGUAGAGGUGAAGUAGGAGAGGCGAGUGAGAGGUCACGAGUGAGGAGCGAGCCUGUGAGAGUGGGAGCGCCGGACGCUGAGGAGAGACGGGUGUUGGAGGAGCUGAUGCAAGGUCUCUCUAUCUCCGCUAGCCCGGGCUCAGGUGAGGCUCCUACCUACCCUCUGCUGAGUCUCUCACGCCCUAGAGUAAGGCACACACUCCCCCACCCCUAAAACAUGCACUCAAGUAAGGCCUGAAUGGACUCUACUGAAGCACGCACUACCUUCAAGUGACUGACGCACGUUUGUUGAAGUGAACUGAGACGCAUUCAUUUAUGUGGAGACUUACUAACGUGAGAUACAGUACAGCUCACUGACACACACUUAUAACAAGAUCAAUCUUGGUGAGCCAGAUUCCCUAACACGAGGGACACAUUUCUUAAGUGAACAAGAUUCCUUAAAGUGUAAUGAAGCCGACACAGAGUCCCUGAUGGAAUACGAGCAGCUGGCAGUGUCAGGAGGUGAGGACAAGGUCGAGGCCAGGAUGAGUGGGAACAACGCCAAGAAGAUCACCAUGUCGGGCGUCACCAUCACCGCCGCCCAGCCCAUGCCUAAGAUUGAGCUCAGCUCCUCUACCCGAUCCCUCAACCGCUGCAUCCAACACCUGGUACAAGAGGACACCGAGAACCGCCCGGAACACAGGCCGCCUACGCCCGCACGCCCCUCGUUGCCAACACUCCUUCCGGGGCGGCUUUUAGAUGUGUCUUUCAACGCCUCCGUCGUCAGCACCAAGAGCGAGGGACGCCAUGCUGCUCCAUCGCGGAAAGUCACCUUUACGGCCUUCCCUCGGUCAUCGUCAGAGCCCAGGUCGCUCACGGUGUCCCCCAGGCCAGAUGACGAUGACGACGAAAUAGAAGAAGAGUCUUCCACAGACCUUCUGGACUCAUCCACACGCUCUGAGGGCUGGGACCAUCUGAGGGGCACCAGGGGCCGAGGCCCCACCUUCACCUCCACAGAGGGUCAUGUGGUGCCUCUACCGCCCAUCAACCGCCCCAGAUAUAUUGAUGCCUCCCGUGGGCGUGGCUGUGUUCGUGGGCGUAGUGGCAUCACUGGAUGCGAGGAGAAUGUCCUUAACGUGGCCAAGAAGACACUAGAGCAGCUGGAGACCGUGCUGGCGCCCAAAGAGACGGCGGCACUCCCUCGCACCAUCCCCCGGAACCGCACCAGCCACCAGAUACACUUAGAGACCUAGCACAACACCCGCCCCCGCCCUCCGCCCCACCUAGCGCCUGCACCCACACGUCGCCCGACACGACCCCACAAGUGGACGCGGAAGAUCACCCACCAUCAUCUUUUCCUGGACGAGUGACACACACCGUUACUCGCCAGCUGAUGGGACCAGGUGGUAAUAACCCGGAGAGUGGCAAAGGACCUCUUACACUAUAUGUCUCGUAUAUACAGCAAACAGAAAACUUUGAGUGAAUUCCGAUGUGCCUCAGUUGACAAGCUGUUAGAGACACAAUACACAGUGUACCCGAGGAACAUUACCGACGGUCCUUACACGUGCUGCCUACCGCUAGCUCUAGACUACCAUAUAUACCGUACAUACAGUAGUUACAGUUUACUGGUAUGAUAACUAUAUGAACAUUUAAUCCAUUUUGAAACCGUAAUACAUAUAUAAGGACGCGUAUACAUCAUAUAAGUGAAAGAUACCAUUAAGUUAUUGUAAUCACUCCAUAUGAUGCUGAUGUAAUGUUCAUAUUUAUUAUCCUGGUUAGAUUAGGUUAUGUAUUUACUGUACCAGAUGUGUGUUGGUGUCUUAAAUGUCGUCACGUCACAAUAAUAUUUCCUGCCAAGAUGAUGGAACAGUGAAAUAAGUCCCUAUGUGUCUGGGCAACUCUGUGUUAGAUCUCUUAUAAAAAUCCUUGUGUUUUUUUGUGGUAUGGGCAAGGUACUUGGACUCGGAGGGUGACGGAAAAAUCAGAAAGAAAAUGGAAGAAACUUAGACGAAUGUGUAAAAGGAAUUAAGAGUCCUGACGGAAACAUAAGGACUCCUUAGGACCCCCAGGGGAGUUCUGUGUCCAUCUGAUUUGAACUGACUCGAGGAGGAAUUCUGAAGGAACUUAAACAUAGACUUGAGAAAAUAUGAAGGAAUCUAACAAAACCUAGAGACCCGGAAGGAAGCUUGAUGUACAGUCCCUCCCUACACUUAUCACCCCCCCCCCCCUCAAGAUAAGCUUAAC